AUGGCUUCCAACCUCGUGCGCUCGCUCGCUCCCCGCCUCUGCUUCUCGCCCUCGUCUCUGGCCUGCCGCCGUCUUCAAGCUACAAAAAGCUCCCUGCCGCUUCUGAGCUCGAGGCUGCAGUGCCUCGUGCCCGCCGCCGCCCCGAGACCUCGUGCCCGGCUUCGCCAUGCCUCGCCCGUCACCUCUCCGCUCCAGCUGUACUCGACAGCCCAGGUGCCGCCCACGACCCCCUACCGCGACCUCUCCGUCGGCGUCCCCAGUGAAAUCUUCCCCGGCGAGCGCCGUGUCGCCCUGACCCCCGCCAACGUGGCCCUCUUGCUCAAAAAGGGCUUUGCCAAAGUCCUCGUCCAGCGCGGCGCCGGCGCAGCUGCCGACUUUCCCAAUGAGGCCUAUCAACAGGCUGGCGCCACUCUGGUAGACGACGCUGCCGCUGUCUGGUCCCAAUCUCACGUCGUGCUCAAAGUGCGCGGCCCGUCCGUCGAUGAGGUCACCUUGAUCCAGAACCACCAGACCGUCAUCUCCUUUCUGCAGCCCGCCCAGAACAAGGACCUCGUGCGACGCAUCGCCGAGAAACAGGCCACGUCCUUUGCCAUGGACAUGAUCCCCCGCAUCUCGCGCGCCCAGGUCUUUGACGCCCUGAGCAGCAUGGCAAACAUUGCCGGCUACAAGGCCGUCCUCGAGGCCUCCAACGUCUUUGGCAGGUUUCUCACCGGCCAAGUCACGGCCGCCGGCAAGAUCCCCCCCUGCAAGGUGCUCGUCAUCGGUGCUGGCGUCGCCGGCCUGAGCGCCAUUGCCACGGCUCGCCGCAUGGGUGCCAUUGUCCGCGGCUUCGACACGCGAUCCGCCGCGCGGGAACAGGUCCAGUCGCUGGGCGCAGAGUUCAUCGAGGUCCAUGUCCAGGAGGAUGGCUCCGGCGCUGGAGGCUACGCCAAGGAAAUGAGCAAGGAGUUCAUCGAAGCCGAGAUGAAGCUGUUCAAGGACCAGGCCAAAGAAGUCGAUAUAAUCAUCACCACGGCCCUCAUUCCUGGCAAGCCCGCCCCCAAGCUCAUCAAGAUGGACAUGCUCGACGUCAUGAAGCCCGGCAGCGUCAUCGUCGACCUGGCCGCCGAGGCCGGCGGCAACUGCGAGGCGACCAAAAAGGGCGAGCUGGCCGUUUACAACGACGUCAAGGUCAUUGGAUAUACCGAUCUGCCGUCUCGACUGCCCACGCAAUCGUCGACCCUCUACUCCAACAACAUCACAAAGUUCCUUCUCUCCAUGGCCCCCAGGGAGAAAGAGUUUGGCAUUGAUCUAUCCGACGAGGUUGUGCGCGGCUCCAUUGUCACGCAAGACGGAAAUAUCGUCCCUCCCGCUCCUCGCCCGACGCCGCCUCCUGCCCCUGCAAAGCCAGCCGCUGGCGAGGUCGCCCCCAAGCCCGUGGCUCUCACCCCUUGGCAGAAAAAGUCUCGCGAGGUGGCAGCCGUCACGACCGGCCUGGGCAGCGUCCUGGCCCUGGGCAAGUUCACCGGGCCACUCUUCAUGUCCAAUGCUUUUACCUUUGCGCUCGCCAGCUUGAUUGGAUACCGCGUCGUCUGGGGCGUGGUCCCCGCCUUGCACUCCCCUCUGAUGAGCGUCACAAACGCAAUCUCCGGCAUGGUCGGCGUCGGAGGGCUCUUUGUCCUCGGCGGCGGUUACCUGCCGGAAACUAUCCCGCAGAUGUUCGGGGCCGUGAGCGUCUUGUUGGCUUUUGUCAAUGUCGGCGGCGGUUUCGUCAUUACAAAGAGAAUGCUCGACAUGUUUAAGCGACCGACUGACCCCCCCGAGUACCCGUGGCUGUAUGGCAUCCCCGCCGUCUUGUUUGGCGGCGGAUUCAUCGCGGCCGCCGCGACUGGCACUGCUGGCCUUGUGCAGGCAGGCUACCUCGCCAGUACAGUUCUCUGCAUUGGAUCUAUUUCUGGUCUGGCGUCGCAGACCACGGCGCGGAUGGGUAACAUGCUGGGCAUGUUCGGCGUUGGCACCGGCGUCCUGGCAAGUCUGCUGGCGGCCGGCUUCUCUCCCGAGGUUCUUGCUCAGUUCGGUGGCCUUGCAACCAUCGGAGCAGUGGCAGGGCUCCUGAUUGGCAAGCGCAUCACGCCAACCGACCUCCCACAGACCGUGGCCGCCUUGCACUCCGUCGUCGGUCUGGCGGCUGUCCUGACCAGCAUCGGAAGCGUCAUGGCGCAUAUCUCGGACCUGUCGACGUUACACAUGGUCACGGCCUACCUCGGUGUCGUAGUCGGUGGCAUCACGUUUACGGGAUCCAUCGUUGCCUUCCUCAAACUCGCCGGCCGCGUGUCCUCCCGCCCCAAGAUCCUGCCGGGGCGACAUGUCAUCAACGCGGGCUUGCUGGCUUCCAACGCCGCCACCAUGGGAGCCUUCAUUACCAUGGCCCCGGGCAGCCCCAUGAUUGCCGCCGCGGCGUUGGCGGCCAACACGGCGCUGAGCUUCACCAAGGGGUAUACCACCACCGCUGCCAUUGGAGGAGCAGACAUGCCCGUCGUAAUCACCGUCUUGAACGCCUACAGCGGAUUUGCACUCGUCGCCGAAGGCUUUAUGCUCGAUAACCCGCUCCUCACGUCGGUGGGGGCCCUGAUUGGAGUUUCCGGCUCCAUCCUGUCGUACAUUAUGUGCGUCGCUAUGAACCGGUCGCUGACAAACGUGCUCUUUGGCGGCCUGUCGACUCCCACGGCCGUCCAGGAGUACAAGCCCGAGGGCCAGGUGACGCAGACGUCGGUCGAGGACCUGGCCGAGGCCCUGCUCAGCGCCGAAUCCGUCAUUCUCGUCGUGGGCUACGGAAUGGCUGUGGCCAAGGCGCAGUACGCCAUCUCGAGCAUCGUGUCGCUGCUGCGGUCCAGGGGCAUCAGGGUGCGGUUCGCCAUCCACCCCGUCGCCGGCCGCAUGCCGGGCCAGUGCAACGUGCUCCUAGCCGAGGCCAGCGUGCCGUACGACAUUGUCCUCGAGAUGGACGAGAUCAACGACGACUUUCCGGAUACGGACCUGACGGUGGUGAUUGGCGCCAACGACACCGUCAACCCGAUUGCGCUGGAAAAGGGGAGCGCGAUCGAGGGCAUGCCGGUGCUGCACGCCUGGAAGAGCAAGCAGGUCGUCGUCAUGAAGCGGAGUCUGGCGAGCGGCUACGCCGACGUGCCGAACCCCAUGUUUUACAUGCCAAACGCCCGAAUGCUUUUUGGAGACGCGCGAACGAGUUGCGAAGCGAUGAAGACUGCGGUGGAGGCAAAGCUGCAGUAG